GCUGCGGCGGGGCCUCCCGCAGGGCCCGGUGGCGGGGGGGAGCGGGGGGGCCUCGGUGCUCCAUGUCGGUUCCCUCCUGCGGGAAAUAUGAUCAGCGCCCCUGACGUGGUGGCCUUCACCAGAGAGGAGGAGCUGGAGGAUGAGCUGUACAGCCAGCCGCCCCUGCCCGAGGAGUACUCGGUGCCGCUCUUCCCCUUCGCCAGCCCCGGUGCCAACCCCUGGGCCAAGGUCGCCAGCUCCAAGUUCACCCGGGACUUCAUCCUCAUCUCCGAGUUCUCGGAGCAAGUGGGGCCUCAGCCCCUCCUGACCAUCCCCGAUGAUGCCAAAGUGUCGGGCACUUUCGAUCUUAAUUAUUUUUCCCUUCGGAUCAUGUCUGUGGAUUACCAGGCGUCCUUCGUGGGGCACCCUCCCGGCUCUGCCUACCCCAAGCUGAACUUCGUGGAGGAUUCCAAAGUGGUGCUGGGGGACUCGAAGGAAGGAGCCUUUGCCUAUGUCCACCACUUGACUCUCUACGACCUGGAAGCCAGGGGCUUCGUGAGGCCCUUCUGCAUGGCCUACAUCUCUGCUGAUGAGCACAAAAUCAUGCAGCAGUUCCAGGAACUAUCUGCUGAGUUUUCCAAAGCAUCCGAAUGCCUGAAGACAGGGAACAGGAAAGCUUUUGCUAACGAACUGGAAAAGAAACUGAAAGAUCUCGACUACACCAGGACUGUCCUGCACAACGAAACCGAGGUACAGAAGAAAGCCAAUGACAAAGGGUAUUACACAACCCAAGCCAUCGAGAAGGCCAACGAGCUGGCCAGCGUGGAAAAGUUGAUCAUUGAGCACCAAGACCUUCUGAAACAAAUCCGGUCGUAUCCCUACAGGAAGCUGAAGGAAUCUGACUUCCACCCCUAUGAGCCAGAGUCAGUGCUGGAUCAGGCCAAUGCCAGCUGUGACCAGGACCCGACUACCUCCGACCUUGGUGAGCCUGGUGACACUCCCCUCUAUGCCCACCUGCCAUCCUACACCCCCAAGCUCAUCAAAGCAAAGUCUGCCAAAUGCUUUGACAAGAAACUGAAGACGCUGGAGGAACUCUGCGAUAUCUAUUUUUUCACCCAAACCCUUGACCAGUUGCACCAGAUCGAGAGGACUUUCAGAGGUGAUGUCUGCUACCUCCUGACAGAACAGAUCAGCAGGGCACUCUUGAAGCAACAAAGUGUCACAAACUUCCUCUUUGAGGAUGUCACUUUUCUGGAUGAAAAACCACCUGAAAAACAGUACCGAGGCUGCCAGGGGCUCAGUCAAGAUGCUGUGGAUAGCAAGUGUUUGGAAGAGUCUCCUGCUCCUAAAGUGGUCAUCAGCCUGGGCUCCUACAAGUCCAGCGUGGAGAGCGUGCCCAUCAAGAUGGAGCAGGAAAUCGAGGACUCCCAAGAACCCAGAAUGUCCGAGUCUGUCACCUUUGAGCAGCAGGAGAACCUGGACUACCUUGACGCGGAUAUCAAAGGCAGCAUCAGCAGCGGGGAGAGCAUCGAGGUUCUGGGGACGGAGAAAUCCACGUCUGGCUUGACGAAAUCAGAGAGCCAGGGCAGCCUGCCCAUCAGCCCCAGCCCCCAGGCGGGACGCAGCAAGGUGGGCAGCCGGCGGACGGUCAGCGAGGACAGCAUCGAGGUGCUCAGCACCUGUCCCUCCGAGGCCCUCAUCCCGGAAGAUUUCAAAGCCAGCUACCCAAGUGCCAUUAACGAGGAAUCUUACGUGGAUGACGAAGAGGGGGGCCUUCGUUUCACCCCCAAACUGAGCCCGGACAACGAGCAGGGUGAUGUUUCGAACCAGGAAAGCUUGGCGCAGGUCGAUUCCGCCUGUUGUAUCGGGAAGGAGAGUCCCAGUUUCCUCGAGCCUCUGCCUGCGCUGGGCCAGAAGCUGGGUGAGGAGGAGGGGGUGGUGAGGAUCCCCCCGCAGCCUUACCGGCAGUCCGAGCUGGGACUGCGGGGGGGCUUCCCCUCCCACGAUGGCAUCUCGGGGGGGCUCCUUCCCUACGAGCUCGACUCGCGCUACACGACGGGCGGCCGGGAGGUCAGCAAGAGCAGCCUGGACGAGUGCUCAGACUCCACCAGCUACAUCAGCAGCGCUGCCUCCACCUGCUCCGACCGCACCCCUUCUCCAGCUCACCUCGCCCGCCAGGCGAGCGAAAGGCACAAGAAGAAGGCCGGGCAGAACGCCCUGCGCUUCAUCCGGCAGUACCCCUUCGCCCACCCCGCCAUCUUCUCCCUGCUCAGUGGCAGGACCCUCAUCGUGCUGGGGGAAGAGGAAGCCAUAGUCAAGAAGCUGGUGACGGCGCUCUCCAUCUUUGUGCCCAACUGCGGCGUUGACGCCAAGCCCGUGAAGCACUGGGUCACUUCCCCUCUGCACAUCGUGGAUUUCCAGAAGUGGAAGCUGAUCGGGCUCCAGAGGAUGGUGUCACCUGCUGGGGUGAACGUGCUGCCUGCCCUGAGCCGGUACAGCCGGUAUGUCAGCAUCCUGGAUGCUGACAGCAAGACUCUCCGCUGCCCCCUAUACAAAGGCACCGUGGUGGCCCGGCUGGCAGAUCACCGCACGCAGAUCAAGCGAGGGAGCACCUACUAUAUGCACGUCCAGAGCAUCCUCACCCAGCUGUGCUCAAAAGCCUUCCUCUUCACCUUCUGCCAUCACUUGCACCUUCCCAUCAGCGAAAGGGAACCGGAGGAAUCCGUCGUGAGCCGCAGGAUGAACUUUCUGAAGCUUCAGCUGGGCCUUGCCAAUGAAGAUAUCAAAAUUGUCCAGUAUUUAGCUGAGCUGCUGAAGCUGCAGUAUAUUCAGGAACCUGACCAGGGGGUGAACUCUCUGCUCAGAUUUGACUACGUCCCCAGCUCUUUGUACAAAAUUUAGCCUCAUGGGGGGGGGAGGGAGGGAAGGGAGGGGGUGGGAUGUCUGCCUGCAUCCUCAGAGCCUGGCACAGAUCAUCCAUGCUUGACAUCAAUGCUGUCUGCUGUAGCUCUCACACGUUGGGAAGGGGCAGGGAAGCUGAUGUGUUUGCAGGUGCCUCUGUUCCACAGAAAUCGGUGUCUGAGGGACUGGUUUUCCAUAUGGUUCUUUGUAGCCAAGAAUGUAGAUGUUCCAUCUCGUUAAACACUGGGCACUUCGUUGUGAAAUGUUAGGAGGGGGCACUAUUAACUUUUAAAACAUAGCAUGGCAGUGUCCCAGGGGGAUAACGGCAUAGAGGGAGAGUUGGGCUGUCUUGGGGAUCAUUACUGGGGGAUGUGCAGCCCCCAUGGUAACACAGUGCUCUACAUGCUUCUGUCAGAGCCCUAAAUGCUUGUUGGUCCCUUUCAUGGAGCCAGAGUGGGGAAUGUAAAGGCCACAGGAGGUUUUUCAACCCACCAGUGUCUUGCCUGAGUGCCGCUCGGAAGCUCCUCGGCAGGGUGGCAGAUUGCAGUUCCCCAUCUGUGCACAGCUGGUCCCUUCUGGCAUUUUUCUGAGUUUCUUGAAGCUUCCCAGGGAGUGGGUUUUCCUUGGGCAGGUGGGAGAGCAGUGGAAGUACAUGUGCUCUCCAGGAGGCCUUUUCUGGUUUCUGUCAGCUUGGUGAAAGUCUGGAAGGACUCCUGAAUGCUGGUGAGCAGCGAGGCGCCCACUGCUGUGAAUGUAGAGCACUGUGCCUUGUUAAUUUGCCACAUCCUAUUUGCUGGGUGACCUCUUGAGGAGGGUGUGAGGGAGACCAGGAAUUCUCACAGCAUGCAAGGUUGAUGGUGGCCUUUUAAAGAGCGAGGGGAACUGAACAGAGCGGGUGGGGGGACACCCCCAUUUUUAAGUGCUUUCUGUGAUGGGGAAAUGAGCAGUGCAGUUCAGCUGCAGCUAUGCUGUGAGACAACAUCCUAGGAAGAUACUAGUGUUCAGGAGAGAUGGGGGAUGAAUGUGCUGGAUUCCACAUUGUGUCUGUAAUAGUUUAUCUUCUUUUUCUUUUCUUCUUUGUUUUUGUUUGAAGUUGGCUUUUGUGCCAUGUGGUAAAGCAGGGUCAGCGUUGCUGCAUGCUGCUUCUGUCGUGUCUCGACUACCUCUCCUGGGGUGCUCCUGGACAGGGCAGAACUGCUGCUCUCUGAGCCUGGAUGCCAAGCAAUUCCUUUUCAAAGCUUCUGUGCCAUAAAGGUUGUGCCACCGCUGUGGUGACACUCCCAGAUUGUUCCUGUCAGUCCCCAGGCACAGCACAUCCCUCAGGAGUCUGCUUGGAGAAGCUGCUGCUUGGCCAGCGGUCCUGGGCUCCUGUUUGCUCAGCCUGGAGCUGUGUGGCCAUAGCAGCCCUCGUGGUAGUUCUAAGCAAGAAAAGCCUUGCCAGGAAAGAGAUCCUUGGUUUUAUUUCUUGUUAUCUCUCUGCUGAUUAUGAGGUGAGAACAGGGGAGUUCAGGCUGAUGAGUUUUCUUGGUUGAGUCUGUUAAAACCUCCGUAUAUUGUGAUGGUAUGAGGCAGUGCUGGAGAUGAAUGUGAUCUUCUUUCCAUGCCUGUGGUGGUUUCUAUGGACAAACUGGGGUUAGACCCCACUGAAACUCACUGUGAGAAUCACACUGCUCCAAAACCCAUGUCCUGAAGGCAAGGAGGCUCUGUGGGGAGGCUGUCAUCUGGCACCAUCAUCCACCCUUCAGUGCUGCUGCCACUUCCUGCCUGGAAAGGGCUCUCGGGGGUGCAAACAGGACAGAAGGGCUCUUUCAGAAGUUAGUGUUGCUUCUGGUAACUGACAUUGAGGCUCAGCCCAAGAAGUUGAGCUUGUGGUACUACUCCAGAGGGAUUCCCAAGGUCAGGGGUUGCUUGUGGUGGUGUUUUUAGGUCGUGCAUGGCAUCACCUUCGCUGGGGGGGGAGCUGUGUGCCUGUGCACCUCUAAACCCCGUUUGAAGGCCUUUUCCUUCCCUAAGCUCUCCUGACUUCCUGCUGCAUGUGAGCUGGGCCUGCUGGUGAAAGGCUUCCAUGUCCUUAGAAAACAUCUGCUUUUUCAAAUGACUCGAGGUGUGCCCAUGUUGAUCUGUCUGCACCCCAACAGCUCCCAUACUAAUGCUGAGGUGAAACUCCCCAGGGGAAGAGGCAUCGUGGUGAUGAGUAACGCAGGUGACACCGGGCAGAGCAAAGCUCCUCGCUUCCUGCAGCUCUGGAGAAAUGCCCUCGAGUGGCAGCUUUUUUGCUGCUGGAAACCGACGUGAUGCUCUUAGGGUUUGAGGAGGGGAAGGAUGCAGUUUCUUCCCACUGACUCAUGUCUUCCUCCAGGCUCAUGGCCCAGGGCAGUGGAUCGGGAUUGAUUGUUAGUGCUGAUUGAUCUCACAGUGGUCUCUACCAGUGGCAUUUGGCUGCACUCAUAAAUGGAUAAAUAACUCUCUUCUUGCUGCUCCCUCUGUCAAACCUGUAUUAUCUGAUUUUCAAGGCCUCGUUGAGCAAUACUUGCACUACCACCUGUCUGACCUGCUUCAUCUCUCUGUCACAAAGCAGCUCUGGUUUGGGGGGGAUGCCCUGGGGGCUUUGCUGGGACCAUUGCACAUUUCCAAGCGGGAGCUCUGUGUUAUCUGCAACUCGUACGGGAGUUGUGGGGAAACACACCUGGGAAUACUUGUCCUAAAGCUGGCUCACAGCAGGGUCACCUGGUAGCUUGGCUAACAGGGAAAAGGGAGCUACGUUGGGUAUCUCCUAACUGCUGGUGGUGUCUGUAGCAGUAGCAGCAAUGGGUUGGAGGCCAAAUGCAGCAGGGUGUUCGGGAGCCGAGUCCCUCUUUGCUCAGUAAUGUCUCUGUCUGACCUUCUGCUCUUGUACAGCAAAGAUCCCUAUCUUGGCACUUUAAGACUUUCCUCAUCUUCACUGUGUUACCUCACCAGUUUCUGAUAUUCCCAGGCUCAGAACAAGUUACAGUCUCCACAUAGCAGCUCCUGCCUGAACCUGUGCCCGCGCGUGCCGGUCAGCGUGCACGCAGGGCAGGUUCCUCGCAGCCGCGGUGCAAUACUCACCCGCCCUGGCAGCCAGCAGUGCCCCCUUCCCUGUGCCCUGCCAGCAUGCUCCUGUCCCACUGGAUCCCCUCUGCCCUUUCUCUGCUGGCUGUCAGAAUGUUCUGAUGGAGAAUCCACCACCACGAAGGUCUCCCCUGGUGUCUGCUGCCUGGCCGGGAGGGCAGGGCUCCAUGUUCUUACUCCUCUGCUCUGGGAGAGGAGCUGCCAGCCCUGCUCUGUGCUACACGAUUCAGCCAUAGGAGUGGGCGAUACAAACCCAGCACAGGUUUCAUUUCUCAGAGAACAGUGCUCGGAUUUACUGUCACCUGGUAGCAAUCACUUUGUAAGCAGCUCCAAAGCUGCCUUGCCUUGACUAGGGGAGUACUGCCUCUGCUCUAGCAAUAUUCACCAUUCGGGGAAGGGGUAGAAGAGGUGAGAGGUGAUGGCUCUGUCCCUCCUAGCAUGUUUUUUGGUUUUCAUUGAGCAUGGGGGGGUCCCAAGCCCCUGGCUGAAGGGUGGGUGACAGCCCACACUGUGGAUUCAGCAUCUCGGAGAUCUGGGCAGGACCCGGGGCUCGUAGCAGCACUCUGCAAAGGCUCAAUGGUGCAUCGGGAGAAUCAGUGAGGUGCAGGAGCCUGCCUGCUCCAGGCUGUGCCCUGGCAGCACAGCGACUGUACCCCAAAAACAUCAGGGUCACCAACCCACCAGUCCCCCAGUGGCAUUUUAAUAACUGGAAGGCAGAAACAGGGUAUCCGGUCCCACUGGCCACCUCGCUCUUAGCACGGGGUUGGGGCUGGGCUGGGAGCUGCCUCCCAGGGCUGUCAGGAGGUGGUGGUGAGGAAUUCUCAUCUUAUUUUAAAGCACUGUAUCCUACACCUGCAUGUUGAGUUCUGUGUGUGUGCGUGUGCCCGUGCGUGCCGAAUGCUUGCGUCGUAGUUAGAGCGAGUGUGACCGGGAGAAACCCAAGAAGCAUGUCUUAGUGUCGUGCUGUGUUACUGCACAAGAGUUUAACAGAUGUUAAUGCCAAAUGACUAGUCUGAGAAAUGUACUUUUAAAAAAAAAAAAAAA